ACGGGAGGGGUGGGUGUUUGCAGGAUUCUCAAGGUGAAGAUUGAAAUUAAGUGUUAAAUGAUAUCAGGGAACAACGGGGCUGGGCGUUGUUGUGUGUUGUUUGAUUCUACCAAAAGUUCAGCCUAGCGUGGCACUUUUAAAAAAAAACUUAAUGGUUCAGUGACAUCACUGGGAGAGGAGGGGGUAUUAAAUAAAAGCUCCUAUUCCUUUCUUUCCCCCCAUGCCUCUCUCCGCAGGUAGGACCCGUCUGGGGACUGACUUGUGUGUUUUCCCCCAGCCCUUUGAGCCCUAGACUCUUGCUCGGUGUCUGGCGUGAGAUCGCCCGGUCUGCAAAGAGACUGUCGCCGCCUUAUAACCCACCGCAGCCCUGUACAAUGACCCUCUGACUCCCUUCUCCCUCAAGAUCGUUGCCUUUCAAGAUGGAGAAUCCUGAGAACAUUAGCAUGAUCUCCCAAGUUGCAAGACGACGUGUUGUGUCAAAAGAUGGCCAUAACAAUGUGAAAAUUGACCAAGUGGAUGGCUGGGCCUUCCUUUACCUACAGGAUCUUUGGACCACAGUUAUUGACAUGAAGUGGCGUUACAAACUAACUCUUUUCACAGCAACAUUUGUGAUAACAUGGUUCCUUUUUGGGAUCCUCUGGUAUGCCAUAGCAUUUAUACAUGGAGAUUUAGAGCUAUUGCACCCCCCAGCUAACCACACACCCUGCGUGGUGAACAUUGAAACCUUAACAGGAGCAUUCCUGUUUUCCCUGGAGUCCCAGACAACCAUUGGCUAUGGCUUCCGCUGUAUCACAGAGGAGUGCCCGUUUGCCAUUAUCCUGUUAAUCAUUCAAUUGGUCAUUACCACCUUGGCGGAGAUCUUUGUCACUGGUACUUUUCUGGCAAAGAUCGCAAGGCCAAAAAAGCGUUCUGAGACGAUCAGGUUUAGCUACCAUGCUGCCAUUGCCAUACACAAUAACAAGCUUUGCCUCAUGAUUCGUGUGGCUAACAUGAGGAAGAGUCUUCUGCUUCAGUGCCAGCUUUCUGGGAAAUUCCUGCACAACCACAUCACUGAGGAAGGCGAGACCAUCAAACUCAAGCAGGCAAAUGUGAAUUUUCAGGUGGACACUGGUUCUGAGAGCCCCUUCCUCACCUUCCCCUUGACUUUUUAUCACAUUAUUGACGAGAAAAGUCCACUGAGCAGAUAUGCAUCGGCAAACCUGAGGGAUAAAGACUUUGAGCUUGUUGUCAUUUUAAAUGCCACAGUGGAGUCCACAGGUGCCGCUUGCCAAAUCAGAACCUCAUAUGUGCCAGAGGAGAUACUUUGGGGCUAUGAAUUCGUGCCUCUUAUGUCGCUGUCCCCUGGUGGGAAAUAUCUGGUUGACUUCAGUUUCUUUGACAAGCUUAGGAAGAGCUCAAACCCUUACUUUGCCUCUGAAGCACUGAGGUAUGCGGACAUUGAUAAGCUAAAACUUGAAGAAAAAUAUCGAGAGGACGAACAGAACAAAUUAUUCAGUAGGAUCCAAACUGUUCAUAGCAAUGUCUAGCAAAACUUUUGUACACAAUAUGAUGUGAAUAAUGCCAGCAUCCUUUGGAAAUUUUAUAAUCAAUAAACAUCUGUCUGGUACAUAAAAGGCCUUCAGUGAAGCCAUUAGCAUUUUCAUCAAAAGAGCGCAUUUAGUCAAAGCCAAUGCCAGGAAGUUCCCAAUGAUCUUAUAUAACAAGAGCAACGUUAAUAAUUACGUUAAGGGGAAAAUGUAUUCUUUUUACUUGAUUGUUCACUUUGAUAAAACUUAAUGAUGCAACCAAUCCAGCAGUAUCUUUAGAUGAUGCUCUGGUUCCUGCUGCUCAGAACCAUUUCCCCUUAUUCCUGCUAAGUUUCAAAUAAGCCAUUGUCUUCCAUUUCCUUGCAUCAUAACUUUGUUAAUAUCAUGGCUCUUCACGUUGUCUCAUACCCCAAUGUAUUCUUCCCUUGGACCUAAAAACAGUAUAACCGCCUACGUCCCUCAAUAUGACGUUCAUUUUACAGUCUACCAGCUUUUAAAAUCCAGGGCUGUCUGAUGGACAGUCCAACCAGUCUAUUACUCAGUGUUUUAGUUACUAAUCAGAUCUGUAGUUUCCCACUUCUGAAUUCUUUAUUAGCAACAUACGGCUAAUGGCUAAUGUAUUGGACCACACUGACCUAGCCACAAUGUUAUAAUUUACCUGAUUCUUCCUUACUUAUUCUGUUCAAUCUUAAUGGGGUGUCCUUUACUCUGAUGUGUAGCUCAUGUCCAAUAAUUCUCAAUUGAUAGAAUAUAAAUGUGAUUUAUGUACUUGAAUAGAUUUUUUUAAAAAUGUUUAAUCUCCUAGAAAUAAUUAGUUCUUUUGAUGACAUGUUGGUGGGACAUAUUUGUUAAAGUCUUAUUGAUCUUGAUAAACAACUGAUGUGACUAAUUAGGAUAUCCUAUUAGUGGCAUGCCACACUUUUUAAGUGGAAAACAUUUUACAGUUCCUUUAAUAUGUCUGGUUAAUGUUUAUUUUUACAUUUUCAUGAAACUGAGAGAUUUAUUUAAAUUACACUUCAUGCUUCCACCUAUUUAUGUCAAUGCCUAAUAAACUGAAUAAUUAAUUGUAAAUAUAUGGAGCAUUACUCACUGUGGACUACAAUAGAAAUGGAAUCCCAUUUGUAUAUCAAGUUCCAAUUUAAAUAUAGUCUUAUACUGCUUUCGAAAGGAAUAUGAGAAAAUGUAUUCUGUGCUUUGUUAUCACUAUCCUGAGAAGCAGAGCAUUAUUUUUGUUGUACUUGUAGAUAUUAUUGUUUGUAUGCUUAAUGCUGGGUUAUUACUUUGUAAAAUAAUUUGGUUGAUCUGA